AUCACAUGAUAAGCAUUCUCUCACUGAGAAGCUAGUUACAUGGAGACAGUUACCUCUUACCUGUCCCCAUACAGCAGGGGAGGGCAAGCUAUGUGACUGGAUCGCAUUUAAUUUGACCAUUACAAAAACUGUCCUCUACAACAUUUAAAGGGCUAGCUCAUAGGCCUACGUCGUAAAAGGAUACAUUCAGGGAGAUGAUCGGGUCGUGUGAUUUAGGGUAUUAGAAACUAUGAAUGCCGCGUUUGUUUUCACUGCUGUCCUUAGUCUGGCUUGCUUUGUAAUUAAUACAGAUGCGACAUCUGGAGCCAGAACUUUCUCUAUAGACUACAAGAACAACUGUUUCCUGAAAGAUGGUGCACCAUAUCAAUACAUCUCUGGCAGUAUACACUACUCCCGUAUUCCACGGUUCUACUGGAAAGACCGCCUGCUUAAGAUGUACAUGACUGGACUCAACGCCAUUCAAAUUUAUGUGCCCUGGAACUAUCAUGAGACUGUGCAAGGUGUGUACAAAUUCAGUGGAGAUCAAGACCUUGAACACUUCCUUGACCUGGCUAAUCAGACAGGCCUUUCGGUCAUACUUCGGCCCGGACCCUACAUCUGUGCAGAAUGGGAGAUGGGCGGGCUACCUGCCUGGCUGCUUGAGAAGCCGAAUAUCAUUCUUCGCUCAGCAGAUCCAGACUACCUGCAAGCAGUGAGCAACUGGUUGGCCAUGUUGCUGCCCAAGAUCAGGCCCUGGCUCUACAAUAAUGGAGGGAACAUCAUCAGUGUGCAGGUGGAGAAUGAGUACGGGAGCUAUUUCGCCUGUGACUACAACUACAUGCGCCACCUGCGCACGUUCUUCCGCUUCUUCCUGGGGGAGGACGUGGUUCUCUUCACCACCGACGGGAACACCAACCGGGAGAUGAUCUGCGGGACUCUGCAGGGCCUGUACGCCACCAUAGACUUUGGGACAGACACAAACAUCAGCACAGCUUUCAAGCGGCAACGGAGAUUUGAACCAAGAGGUCCUCUGGUGAACUCAGAGUUCUAUACAGGCUGGCUGGACCACUGGGGAGACAAGCAUGCCCAGGUUGACACUCAGAAGGUCACCAAGAUGCUGGGAGAGAUGCUGUCCAUGGGUGCCAAUGUUAAUAUGUACAUGUUCGAAGGAGGAACAAACUUUGGCUAUUGGAAUGGAGCUGAUCACGACACAAGGUUCCGUUCGGUGGUGACCAGUUAUGACUAUAAUGCCCCUCUGUCAGAGGCAGGAGACCCCACAGAAAAGCUACUGGCCAUCAGAGACGUAAUAAAGAGAUUUUACCCAGUUCCUGAAGGCCCCAUGCCCCCUGCCACCCCUAAGUUUGCCUAUGGCUUCGUCACCCUACAAAAGGUGGGCAAUGUCAGCAGCCUGCUGGACGGGCUGUCACCCCCGGGUCCUAUCCAAUCACAGCACCCCCUGACCUUUGAGGAGAUAAAACAGUAUUAUGGGUUCGUACUUUAUCGGACCAAAAUUCCCAGGACCCUGACUGAGCCAACACCACUCAUCUCUCCGCUGAAUGGUGUCCAUGACCGCGCGUACGUCUCUGUCAAUGGGGUGUACCAGGGUCUACUGGAGAGGGACAUCACCCUGGCUAUGAAGGUGACAGGACAGGCUGGGGACCAGCUGGACGUUCUGGUGGAGAACAUGGGAAGGGUCAACUUUGGCAGCAAGAUCAAUGACAACAAGGGCUUGCUGAGUGACCUCAUUCUGGGCAAAGAUGUCCUUACUGAUUGGCUGAUCUACUCCCUGGACAUUGAUGGGGCUAUAGCCAAUGGGUGGCCUCACUCAGGCCCCAAAUAUUCCUUUCCCAGCACUGGCGGCGGCGGUUCAGAUGGACCCAUGUUCUACAUGGGAACACUGGAUCCCAUGGGCUUUUCUUGGGAUACCUUCCUGAAGCUACAUGGAUGGACUAAGGGUCAGGUGUGGAUUAAUGGUGUGAACCUGGGCAGGUAUUGGUCAGAAAGAGGCCCCCAGCAGACUCUGUACAUUCCAGGACCCCUGCUCAGUCCCUCCCUACCCAACAACAUCACAGUGCUGGAGCUGGAGAGAGCUCCGCAAGAAGCCAGGGUUCUCUUCAUGGACCGGGCUCAGCUGAACAACACCGCCGACAAGUCCUGAGCCCUCAGCACUGCCAUGGAGAAUAUGCCAGACAGGACCUGCUUCGCUCCUGUCAGUGCAGCCCUAAGGCCCAGAUACCGCUGAGAGCCAAACAGUAUUUUAAUCCUCAACCAGUCCAGGAGAACAUGCUUCAGCAUGUAACUAUCCACCAUCUGUCAUGUCAUCAUCCACGUUCAAAUAAGCAUUCAUGUUUCCGUUAAAAGGACGUUAAAAGGACAGUUCACUUAAUGGGAGUUCCUGAUUUUAUUUCAGGAUGGUCUGUUACCCAACCAAGUUCUUUGAGAGCCCACCAGAGGUUUUCAUUUCAACCCUUACUUGGUACACAUGAUUUUACUAAUUAGCUGCUCAAUACAAUCUCUAGCUUUUGAAUGAGGUGUGCUUUGUUAGGGUUGGAGUUAGAAUUUACAGGAUGGUAGAUCUCCAGGAACAGGGCUGGGAACCACUGGUUUUCCUUUGGGCCAGACAAUGUUUUGUGAUUUUAGAUACAGAACUUACUGCUCCACAAUGACAUAAGCAGGAUUUAUGGCUGAAAGCAGGAAAGUGCAUUUCAAGUAACACAGCUUGUAGAGUGAGAUUAUGCCUCCAGAGGUUGUACAUGUGUAUGUUACUAGAUUCCUUUUACCAAUAGCAUUUUAUUCUCAUCCUUGUUUUAAACGGUUUCCUAUGAAACAUUCAGCUAAAGACUGCUCCCAGUGAGAAAAAGAUAUCAAAGUAAUAACAAUUGAAUGGGACUAACAAUGCUUACUGCUAGUGCAAUUAUAUGUGGCAAAAACACAGAUUUAUUGAAAUUCACCUUUGGAACUCUUCAGAUCCUAAAUUCAGGCUCAAAUAAGUAACUUUCAGCAAAUUAGAUGAAAAAAUUUGACAUAAGUUACAUUUGUAGGAAGCUUGGCUUAUGUUAGGUAUGGAAAGAGAACGGUAAGAGAAUUUGCCACCUACAGUAUGAACUCAUGAAGAAGGGACUGGAAGCAAUGUCGCUGUACAAGCUGCGUAUGUGUAUUUUUCUUGUUUUAACCCACAAACCUGUCAAUGCCCCUAUGCUAGCCAAUGUAAAGUCAGAAACUUCUGUAUCCAAAUUAUCCUUUAUUGCACACAAAAACUGUUUUGGUCAAAUGCCAGAAAUUGAUCACAAAUUUACACUGGAGCACUACAACCAAUUGUUUUUAUGCACAAAAACACCCACCAAGAUCAUUUUUUUCAUUUCUUUUUUUUAGGAAAUAGUGGUGUCAUAUGAUUAGGUCAAGCCUCACAUGAUGCAAUCAGUAAUGACAAUCGUUUGGACAUAUUUUGAUUUCUUUUUUUUUUUACAUAUCCAAUAACCUGGGUACUUUGCAUAUUCUUUACAGUAGUUAUGUCACGUGGCACCUUUUUGUUCAUUUUUGAACUUGCAUAUUUGCACAGUGCUCACUUGCUUUAAGUCUCACAAAAUUGGAAAUCAACAUUCUAAAGUUGUAUAAAUUCAGACUAAUGCAAAUGUUGUGAUGUCACUCCACUGUAAGAGCAAAUGAAACAAAUCCUGCUUCCAUUUAUAAGCCAUGGAAACCUGCCCUGCCUCUUCACUGCAACAGUUUAUGCUCAAUUAUAUACCGUUCCAGCUUGCAAAAAAACAUCAUCAUUGUUAAGGAGGUCUGCUUUUCAAUCAAUGACUCAGGAAAAAGCCUCAAACCAUAGGACUGGUGUUGAGAUGUUGAGUUGGUGUGGUUCAGAUGUUUGCUGCCCAAGCAAAAUUUGUUCAUAUUGUAACUUUUCAUGCCUUUCAUUAAAAUGCAAUAUUAAUGCAGUGAAGCUCCACGUCCACUUACGGUGACAUGAAUGAAAUAAAAAAUAACCAGGUGCUGAAUA